AAAGCUACUUGGACGAUAAAAAAAACCCCCAUGGCUAUUACAAAGAGCAUCCUCCUCGCUCUUGCAGCUCUAUCAAUGACGCUGCCCCUAUCAGCACACCACGACAGUUUCACCCACCACCAGAAUCACGAGGGCCAACAACCUCUUCAGGUCCACCAUAAUACCCACGAGAAUGACGGAACGCUGGUGCAGGAAGCGAAGCGUGUAGCAAUCAUCGGUGCUUAUAUUAUUUUAUUUUCCUCCCCCUUCCACCCUCAAUUGCAGUUCCAAGCUAAUUGAGAUCCGGGAGGGGAAAAAAAAUCAGGUGCGGGUUCAGCAGGUUCCUCAGCAGCCCACUUCCUCCGCCACUUCCAUGCAAACACAGCCAAUAUAUCCCGCAUAAAUAUAACAAUCUACGAGCGAAAUUCCUACAUCGGCGGUCGUAGCACAACCGUGAGUGCCCAUGGAAACCCUAGUUAUCCGAUAGAACUCGGGGCCUCGACAUUCGUCCCCAUGAAUGAGAAUCUUGUGAAUGCCGCGAAGGAAUUCGAUCUGGCCGUCUCCUCCAUCUCCAGCGCUCGGCCCAAAACGGUCCGGGAUUCGGUGGGCGUAUUCAACGGCGAGGAGAUGGUCUUUGUGCAGCCAUACGCUGAAGGGGAAAUGGGCAAGUGGUGGUCGCUGGCGAGAUUGCUCUACCACUACGGCCCCUCCGCGCCCUUAAGGGCAAACCGCCUAACGGAUGAGACGGCGAGGAAAUUUCUCAAAAUGUACCGGGAACCCUUAUUCCCGUUUUCUUCGCUGGGUGAGGCAGCAGGGAGUGUGGGCUUGCUGGAAGCCACGGGGAUGACAGGAGAGCAGUUCCUCAUGGCGAAUGGCGUUGGAAACGGGAAGUUUGUGACGGAGUUGAUGCAGAGCGCUACUAGAGUGAAUUACGGCCAGAACCUGGGGUUGAUACACGGCCUCGAGACCAUGGUCUGCAUGGCGGCGGAAGGAGCCGUCAGCGUAGAAGGUGGGAACUAGCAGAUAUUUGAAGGGAUGGUGAAGAGUAGUGGUGGGCUCGUACACCUGAACACCUCCGUUACAGGCAUCACAGAAAAAGCCACCACCAAAGACGACAAAAAAAUCUGGACCAUAACCUCCAAAACGCAUGGAAACCCACAAGUAGUCGUGAACCAAGAUUUUGACGUCGUAAUAAUCGCCUCCCCAUACCAAUACCUAGACCUCACCCACCCACCCACCACCCUCCACAAGACCCCCGACGAAAUCCCCUACGUCCCCCUGCACGUCACGCUCUUCACCUCGUGCCAUCCCCUCGAUCCCAAGUACUUUAACCUAGACCCAACCUCCACAGUCCCAGAAACAGUGCUGACAACCCUGAACGUGACCGAGCAAUCGAGCAAGAUAUUCACACGCGGAGAGGGCGCCAGGGCCGUCGGCAAGGUGGGCUUCUUCAGCAUCUCCACCCUGCAACAAAUCACGACGGAGGAGCACGGCGAGGAAUUCCUAUACAAAAUCUUCUCCCCGGAGCCAUUCGGCCCGGACAGAAUCCGUAAAAUGCUCGGCGUGGAGGAUGAAGCUGCCGCUGAUGUGACCUGGGUUGUCAGACAUUUGGUAUACACACUUUCCUCCCAUUAGGCGAGGCGGGGGGGGGGGAGAAGCUAAUACGACGGAUAAUAACAAUAAUUUAAUAGUGGAACGCCUACCCUUACCUCUACCCGCGUGCCACAUUCGAAGACAUCAAACUCGCGGAGGGGGUGUACUACACGGCUGGCAUGGAGAGUUUCAUCAGCACCAUGGAGACCAGCAGUCUUAUGGGGAUGAAUGUUGCUAGGUUAGUUCUGGACGAGGUUUUUGUCAGUUAGCCAGUUAGUUAGUUAGUUAGUCAGGGGCAUGGGCAAGGAAGAAAAGGUCAAGGAAGGCAAAGCUAUAUGA